GACAGCGACGCGCCCACAAAGCCCGAGGCGCCUAGCUCGGGUCCCUUCCUGCCUGCUCGCCUUUCCUGCCCAGGUUCCGCUGCUGUCCUGCCCAAGGUGCGAGGCCCUGCAGCUCUCCCCACACCUGCUGCCUGAGGCCGGGCGUAAAGCGUCGCCUGCAGCCAACCAGCCAGUUUGGGACCGCACCUGAGGUCUACCAACCAAUGCCUCAGACAGAUAAGCAAAUAUGCAUCCCGCCGGAGCUGCCAGAAUUGCUGAAGCAAUUCACCAAAGCCGCCAUCCGGACCCAGCCGCAGGAUCUCAUCCAGUGGGCCUCGGAUUACUUCGGGGCUAUGUCCCGUGGAGACGUUCCUCCGGUAAGAGACCCGUCUGAGCGAGUGUCUUUGUCGAACUGGGCAGAGCUAACCCCAGAACUGUUAAAGAUCCUGCAUUCUCGGGUGGCUGGCAGGUUGAUCAUCCACGCAGAGGAGCUGGCCCAGAUUUGGAAGGUGCUGAAUCUUCCCACAGACCUGUUCAACAGUGUGAUGAAUGUGGGGCGCUUCACAGAGGAGAUUGAGUGGCUCAAGUUCUUAGCCCUUGCCUGCAGCUCUCUUGGAGUUACCAUUGCCAAAACACUUGAGAUAGUGUGUGAAGUUUUAUCAUGUGACCGAGACAGCGGACCUCCCCGAAUCCCUUUCAGCACCUUCCAGUUUCUCUACACAUAUAUUGCUGAAGUGGAUGGGGAGAUCUCAGCAUCCCAUGUCAGCAGAAUGCUAAACUACAUUGAACAGGAAGUAAUUGGUCCUGAUGGUUUAAUCAAGGUGAAUGACUUUACCCAAAAUCCCAGGGUUCGGCUGGAAUAAAAACCCAAUUUUGGCAUUUGAAAAGAAGAUACAGAGAUGAUUGUACUUCAAAAUGGCUGAGCCCCAGACACCAUCCAAAGUCAAUUUUCUUGUACAACUGGUAAACACUAAUAAAUAAUUAGGCAAACAUAAAAAAA